AUGAUUUCUAGGGUUUCGGCUUCUUUCUUCAUUUUCUUGAUCUUUACGGUCAUCACAUUGCCACCGACGAUCCAAGCUUGCGCUCCUUGCACUCACCCACACCCGCCUAUUCCGAAACCUCCACACCACGGUGGCGGUGGAGGUGGUGGUGGGGGUGGUGGUGGUGGAGGUGGUGGUGGUGGUGGAGGCGGUGGAGGUGGAGGUGGAGGUGGAGGCGGAGGAGGAGGAGGCAAGCCACCACCACAUCACGGAGGAAAAGGGGGUGGUAAACCACCACACCACGGUGGUGGAAAAGGUGGCGGUGGUGGGCCACCACAUCACGGUGGAGGUGGUGGUGGAGGACCUCCGCAUCACGGUGGAAAAUCACCGCCGUUUGUUAGACCUCCUCCGGUUGUUUAUCCACCACCAAUUGUGAGGCCACCGCCGUUUGUUAGACCUCCUCCGGUGGUCUAUCCACCACCAAUGGUGAGGCCACCGCCGAUCACAAGACCUCCCGGAGUUCUCCCUCCGAUCAUAGGCCCUCCAAUUCAACCUCCGCCGGUUACAACUCCUCCGGGAAUCCUACCUCCGAUCUCAACUCCUCCAGGGCUUCUCCCUCCAAUCAUCAACCCACCUCCUGUCACAAAUCCACCUCCAUCCUCCGGUUAUCCACCGUACUCCGGUGGUCCACCUUCCGGAGGAGGAGGCGGCGGCAAACAACCAACGUGUCCGAUCAACGCAUUGAAGCUUGGGGCUUGUGUUGACGUUUUGGGAGGUUUGAUCCACAUAGGACUUGGGAAUCCAGUGGAGAAUGUGUGUUGUCCAGUGUUACAAGGAUUACUUGAGUUAGAAGCAGCCCUUUGUCUUUGCACUACCAUAAGACUUAAGCUUCUCAACAUAAACAUCUUCAUUCCUCUUGCACUUCAAGCUCUCAUUACUUGUGGAAUCAAUCCUCCUCCUGGUUUUGUCUGCCCUCCUCUCACUUGA